GCUUCCGGUUAAGCCUACCGUGGUUUAGCGAACAUUUUCAAUGGCUAUGUCAGCAAAGUCUGCAAGAAUAACAACAAUAAAGAAACACACAACAGGUGGUUUAUACUGCUGCAUAGUAGAAUGCAACUGUGCAAGUAUCAAAUCUUUCGGUGUAAGUUUUUUUUCGCUUCCACUGCCAGGUAAAUCGACAGAGCAAGACAAGUGGCGAGCAGCUCUCAUUCAUGCAAUAGGCCGCUCAGACAAAGGUUUCAAUCCAUUGAGAGCCAAGAUUUGUUCAAGGCACUUUGAAGAAGAAUGCAUUAAAAAAGGACCUUCUGGAAAAGUAAUAGGACUAGUUCCUGGGAGCCUGCCAACUAGAUGGAUGCCUAAAAAAUCAUUUGAAACUCCCAAAACAGCUAGACCCAAGCCUAAGGUGCACGAUCCCCCUGUCAUGCCAGUUCGUAUCGCCUACACCAACUUAAUGGACAUGAAGAAGGAUUUGACUCAUCUGCCUCCUAAGCGGAUUACUGUGAAAAAUUCUGAAGAUGCUGUUGUUCUUGGCUUGUCAAGUAAAACUGAAGAAGUAUAUGUGAAGGACGUGAUGGAGGUGGAUAAACUUUCUGAAAGUGAAGUUCAUCCAUUGUCGCCUCAAAGUGAAGAUGCAGCUGGGAAAGGGACAGAUGAUAAUGAAUGCAUGGACUUCACCAUUACCAUGAAUGAGAGUGAUGAUGGAUCAGAUGAGAUUUCUUCUGUGUCAAAGGUCACUACUGAACAACCUGACAGUGUUAAAGAGCUAAACCUCCCUGAAAUUAAACAGUCUGAGCCUGAUCAAAAAGAGGAAUGCAACCAUGUUAAAAUAGCAUCUGCCCCUUUAAAUGAAGACAACAAAAAGGACCAAGAUAGUGAAGUUAAAACAAAUGGAGAUGUGUCUGCAAAAGAUAGAUCGAAGACAGUUGUAAUGAUUGGGAAAUCAGAUGUUGUCUCUCGUGCAAUUUGUGAAAAGAUGUUGAAUGAGGUUGCCUCUUUAAAGAAAACUGGCGCGGUCAAAGAACUUAACACGGUGUCAAUAUCAGAAUCUGGUGACAGUAAUAAACAAGAAAAAAUCGGCUUUGACAGUGCUACUAGGAUUUCCAAGACAAGCCAUGAGGUUCUUUCUUGCAAUGGAAAUGAGAGCUUAUCAAACAGUGCUAAGCAAGCUGUCAAAGAAAAAGUCAGGAUCACUGCGUCAAUACCCAAGUCACAAUCAUUGCUGCAAAUGUCAAGUGCAAACCUCAGUGCCUCAUUGGUUGCCAGGGGUGCACCAAUCAGAGGAACUGUUAGUUCUGCAUUGGCAGCAAAGAGGAGCAUGGUUCUUGAUGCAAGAACUGGUGCCAGUGUUUCUAAAAAAGCAGGAACAGGCCCCUCUCUGCUCACUUCUGGAUCAAGUGUACGCCUGGUUUUACCUUCUGUUACUAGUAGUGUUACAGGCCCAGCUUUGAUGUAUAUACCAAGCACAGGAACUUUUCUCAAUUCUGGCACUGCGCCACCUCUCAUCCUGUCUGCUGCUCCAACAACUGUUUCUCUUACCAGCAGUACUUCAGUGUUGAUUCCUUCGCUGCCUGCUAAAGGUCCAUAUGCUUUCCCUGGAUCUAGCUCGGGACAAUCAUAUAUUUUGUCUGGAACAGCACGUCUGCCAGCUGGUGUUGUCCAACAAAACAUGACAAAUGCCACGGCCCUUAAUAUGCCAGAGAAACCAACCUCAAGUCAAGGCAUGAUAAACAUGUUGAGGUGGGAGGCAGAAAACCACAUUAACGUUAGACCAAAAUAUGUUAAACCAAACCCCAAAGCAGAGCUUGGUAACCUUGCUAAGUGGAUUUUUGAUCUUGGCUCUGACCUUGUAAAAGAGUAUGUAUAUCACGACUUGGUGCGAAUCCAAAGCAAGCGUAAAGAUGAUGGCAAAUUGACAGACAAGGAAAAGGCUGAUUUUAACAAACUGAAAGAAAUUGAUGAAGAGCUUCACAACAAAGUAGGUCAUCUUAAGAUCAAGUUCACCAAGGCUUGUAAGUGUGGGUUUCGUACUGAGUCACCCAGUGUGCUUAGGCUGCAUAAAGAAAACGCACAUUUUAACAGGGGUUUUCUGAGCUGUCCCAUGUGCAACUUCUUUACACGAACUGCUGCAUCUUAUCGUUUUCAUAUGGAAGCAGAACACAAUGCAUACGGUAGGGUUGAGAAUCGCCCCAGCUUUUUUGAAUGCAGUCUAUGUCCAUAUGAGACAAAUCACCUGAACCGUCUCGAGCAGCAUAAAGUGCGUUGUGCUAAGCAGUUCAGGCCAGCCUUCAAUAUGCAUCCGAGCUGCCUAUCAGGUCCUGAGGUAAAUAUGUGCCUUGAGAAUGUUUUUUAUUUUGUCUUCACAAGGCAGUUUCUUAAUACUAUAACAAAGACACCCCUUAGUAUAACAGCAGCCACAACUGUAGGUGCAGCAUUGCAAAAGAAAGAGCUUGUAACCAAGGGUGCUGUCAGCCAGUAUCAGCCUGCAACCACCCUGCUAGCGGUUGCAGGUUCUGUUGCUGCAACCACCAUCACAAUGUCAGCUUCAAAGCCAACAUCGAAAAGCUUGCCAAAAUUCCAGUCAAACAGUUCAGUGGGAAAAGCAGGUAGUAUAUCUCAAACAUUUCCUGUCAUCUCCUCCAAAAUUGGAGCAACUGUCCAUUCAGUCCAGCCUUCUACUCCUGUCACAUCACAGGGUAAUCAACCAAAUAGUGGCUUUGAAGUAUGCGAGAUCUGUGGUGGUUAUGUCAAGGAUCGGAAGGCUCUUCGUAUCCACUUAUUCUAUGCACAUCGAAUAGACAUGCCAUUUGGGGUGUUUGAGCGGGCACAGCCGCCUCUUUAUUGUGCAACCUGUUUUGCUCGAUUUUGGACAGCCCAGGGCCUACAGAAGCACAUUGAAAUCCACAAAGCUGAUGCUGCAACAGGUGUUAUGACGUUUGGAAAUGGGGUAUCAGGAAAAUGCAUUACAUGUGGGCAUCGUGUACCCAAUAUUCUGAUGCACAUGAGAAUGGUGCACAACCGAGAACUACGCCACUAUUUGGCAGCUUUAAUGUGUAUAUUCUGUGGAAACCGUUUUAGCUCGAAAUCAGAUGUUGAAGCUCACAUGGGGUCCCACCAUGGAGUGGUUGUAAAAAACAGCUCUGUACAGUCCAGUGUCAGCAGCAAACCUUCCCAUCAUCUGCAGCCACCUGUUUCUGCUACGCCACAAGAUGGCACCAAGUCCAUCCUACCUAAGUCUGCCGAGGCUGCGAAUUCAGCACCAGGACCAUCAUCCAGUAAAGAUGGAGGAGGUAACCCCACUAGGAUGAACAGGGGUAGCCAGUGUGUGCUCUGCAAUCUAACAUUUGCAAGGAAUGUUGAUUUGACUCGUCAUUGUAUGAGGGUGCAUCAUACCUGCAUGAAAUGUGGCCUUGUUGUGGUUGACAAAGAAUCCUUGUCACGUCACACUUGUCUGCAUUCAGCUGCUGGCAUGCGCACAUGUCAGAUCUGCAAUGAGGCGGGUUUCCAUCCAGCGUACUACAUCAAGCACAUGCGUGAUAAACAUUUGCGUCGGUGCUCUGUGGUACUGAGCCGCCUGGGUGAGGGCAGCUUGAAAAGACAACUUUCUGUUUCAGACAGUGAGGAAGAAGACAGUGAACCUAGUAGCCCCAAGCCUAGCCCUUCAACUAUUAAGCGACAGAAACUGGAAGGAAAUAAAGAAAAUGAUGAUGCUUUAAGGCAUGAUCCUUGCACAAAUAUAGAAGCUUCAGUGGAUGUUGAAAAAAAUGAUAGGAAGAGAAAAUCUGAUGAUGAUUCUGAUGUGCCUGUCAAGAAAUUGGAAAGAGAAAGUGAUGUUAUAGAACUUGAUUGAUGCAAGAGGCAUAUUUUUAUGACAAUGAUGGAGUUGGAUCUGUAAACAGAAAUAUCACAUGCAUGUUCUACAUGCAAUACAUUCUUUCACUGUGUAUAUAUAUAUAGAGGUAAAGUAAUGGGAACAGUAAUUUCUGUGUAAACUGGAACUGAUGAAUGUUUAUGUAUAUAUUUUCAGGGAAGUGUAAGGAUUAGACUUGAAGAGUAUCUGGUAAUCGCUGUAAGGAAAACUGUUAAAAAUAGCAGUUGAACUGAUGAGUUAUUUGGGGGUUAUUUACAAAUAGCAUAAAGGUAUGCUUAGGAAAAAAGGCAGUGCUGCGAUAGUGUGUGGUAUCUAAACCAUGCCAUUGGAGUUUUUCCUAGCAAAUAUUUAUUCAUAGGUGCAAAUGGCAGGGAAAUUUUAAAUUAUAAUAGAGUAUAUUAUAUAUAUAAAAUUGUUACUUUUAUGUAAGAGGUUCAUUAACACUGCAGGUUUGCUUGUGAAACUUGAAAAUGAAUCUGCUAUUAGGAAUCACCACUUUCACGAAUGUGUGGCAUGUUGCUAGUGGUGUUGCCUUUUUGUUAUGCUAUAAAGAAUGAAUGUGUGCCCGUGUCCACAUGCACCUCAUUUUGUAUGGUUCUUGUUAAGUUGAAAACAAAUUGCCAGUAGCUUUCAAAAAUAAAUGUACAUGUUCAUUUGUCAAUGAUUGGAAAAAAUAGCACUGAGUGCAAAUUGCCUUAUUUUUUUUCUACCUUACUAUUGGUUUAGAAAAGUGCUGUGGCUUGGUGCUGAUCUUGUAUGAUUGUACAUUGGUCUUUACAUGAUCAUGUUGGUCAGUUUCAUAAUAUGGUAUUCAUUGGAAAAGUGGAAGUACAAUAUUGAUUUUUUUUUUUUUAAUGGUUGUGUAAGAAUUUUGGUCAUUUGGGUAUAGAGGAUUAGCACAUUUUUAUUUCAAAAUAUAAUUUAAGACAUUGGCCAGUUAGAAAGUUUUAGAAUUGUUUGGUUUUUUAACUUUCGGUAUUAAAGCUUAAGUGUUUUCUUGCUGGUUCAUUGCCAUUUGUACAGCCCAGAUUUUUAAUAGAAGCAAACUUGGCAACAUGAAAAGGGCAUAAUUAUAAUCCACAGCUUGUAUAGCAGCAUAUAUAUUUGUGGUAAUUGAAUCUGCAGAAAGCCUUCUUUUCAGUUUAUUAAUUGUAGGCAUUUAAAACCAGAGUACUUUGACACCACGUGUUUUGUUUUGUUUUGGUUUUUUUUUUUUUUGGUUUUUUUUUUUUUUUUUGCUAACAAAGAAGUAGAGCAUUGUGUGUUGCUUCUUAAAAGAGUUGGAACUGACACUUUGCAGUGUUCACAAAAUUCGUACAGUUUUUGCUUUGUAUUUUUGAAAGAUUAUUAUCCUAAGAAAUGGAGGUUAUGCCCAUUGCAAUGACAAAAGAGCUUACCUUUAGUGCGCUUUUGUUUAAACUGCAUGCUAUGACACACCGGCUAGAACUAGAAAUUUAGUUAAAGAAUUAUCUAAUUCUGAAGUCCAUUGGUCAGGCCCAGCAUGUGCACAUUAGAUUAAGGUUGUGUGAGAAAAUGUGGUGUUAUGCAUUGACUAAACAUUGCUGUUGUCUCACUCAGUCAGGAAAUACCUGUCUUGUUUUCUGUAAACUUUGAUGAUGUCACUUGGAAACGGCAACAAUAAGCAGCAUAAUAGUGGAAUCACACAUGCAAUUAAAUGCAUGUAGAGAGGCAAAGCAGCUUUGCUUAUGGAGAGUGGGGCAUGGGUGAGAAUGAUACAUUUUGCUGCAACACCAAGACAUGGUGAAAUAACAAGGAAAGACUAAAUAUACUUUUCAAAGCAAACUUUAGGGAUUAAUGUUACAAACUAAAAAGUAAAAAUGUGCAGGCACAUGUUUAUUAAGGAUGACGAAAGGUAUGGGAAAUUGUGUGCGUGUGAGGAAUAGGUCAGAGGAUGCAUACCUGUGCUAUUUGCCAUUUAAUUACUUCUGUCAUGAAUAUUGUAUUCUGUAUUGAGAUUGAAAUUAGUUUUAAUUUACGUAAUAUGCCUGCAUUCAUUGUGAGAGUGGAGAUGUAUGACAAGAAACUUUGAAAUGUAAAAUGAUUUGGAAAACUCCAGCUUCAUGUGUAUUAAAUGUGUCAUGUAUAGUUACUACCAAACCAAGAA